AUGGCUGCUACAUCCCCUACUAUCCUGGCUUUGGCCUGGGCAGCAACACUUGCCCUUUUCACCGGAUCUGACGACGUCACCUUUGACCUGACAAGCUCAGAAGACUACUCGGCUAGCAAGUCGAUACAGCUCCAGUUGCCAUAUAACGGGACAAUCAGGGCGGCCCUCGAAACUGCCGACCAAAUCAUUCGUUCAACUGCAGAUACCAAGAGCGAUGGCCAGCAAACACUACUAGCGAUUCAUCACCAGGGGCCACAGCCAGCCCAUCUCAGCAGUCGAUCUAGGAGAUUUAAGCAGGCUGUCGUGCUUGGCGACCUGACCUCAGAGGAUGGGCUUGCUAUUCAAUAA